AUACAUCUCACUUGAAAGCUUGAAGGUUCGUACAAGCAUGCGAUCACACGUGAUCGAAUUUAUGCAAUAGAAUAAUACAAUAAGGUUACGAAGGUGUUGACAAAUAUUUUUAAUCAUAAGUUGAGGUAAUAGAAUCGUGUAAUAUGAGAUUUAAAAUAUCUUCGCAAAAUCGUAAUGGUCAUAAACGGUUGGUAACGUGUGUAGCAUGGAGUUCAGCGGAAGAAAUUUAUUCCUGCGGGGAGGAUCAUUUAUUAAUAUCUUGGUACUUAGAAGGUGGAACCCCCCAUUCCACAAUUGUUACUCAAUUUUCUGAUGACUUUUAUCCGACUGAUAUGCAAUGGCAUCCGAGGCAAAACUAUGCUGUAUCGAUCACAAAGAAACAAUCAUUGGAUGUACUGUUAAUUACUACAGCUGAUGGAAAAUAUCAUUUGGUAAAUAAGAAUGGUCGCAUAGAAAAAAGUAUUGAUGCUCAUAAAGGAGCAACAAUUGUAGGCAGAUGGAGUAGCGAUGGUUCUGCGCUUCUAACUGCUGGAGAGGAUGGUUUGAUAAAAAUUUGGUCGCGUAGUGGCAUGCUUCGCUCUGUUAUAGUUAGAGGUGCAUUCCCUAUUUUAGCUGCUGCGUGGAGUCCAGAUUGUACAUCUGUACUCUAUUCUCAAGGAGCUUACUUAACCUUCCAGUCACUUAAUUCUAAUUCUAAGCCUCGAAAGCUACUUGCACACGAUGGUUUUAUUUUAGUUGUAUGCUGGAGUCAUACUCAUGGACUCGUUAUCUCUGGUGGAGAAGAUUGUCGGUACAAGGUAUGGGACCCCAAUGGGAGUCAGCUAUUUUCCAGCAAUGUAGGUGAUCACCCUAUCACAUCACUGAGUUGGAGUUACUCUGGAAACCACUUUGCUGUUGGAUCUUUUAAUACAAUCAAACUUUGUGAUAAAACAGGAUGGUCCCAUUCACUAGAAAAAAUUAAUACUGGAAGUAUAUACAGUAUUGCUUGGUCUAGCGACAGUACUCAAGUUGCUAUGGCUUGCAGUAAUGGAACAGUGCUGACUGGGCAUAUAAUAGACAGGAGAUUAGAGUGGAAUAAUUAUGUAGCUACAUUGGUUAAAAGAAAAGUGAUUGAAGUCAGACAUAUUGGUAACGAAAUUCGAGAAACAUUGGAGAUAUCGGAUCGCGUGGUUCAGCUAGAAUUUGAUUUUGAUCAUUUAGUUGUCAUUACACCAGCACAAUGUCACGUUUACUCUGUAGUAAAUUGGAAUACGCCAGCCAUAUUUGAUUUGAAGAAUACCAGUGUAUCAGCAGUACUUCUUGCAGAGAAGCACUUUUUAUUAGUUGAAUGGAAUAGCGUAUCGUUGUAUAGUUAUCAAGGCCGUUUAUUGGGAACUCCAAAAUGGAAAGGAAUGACACAGGAACGACUUCAUCCUUCUUGCAUAUCAUUGUGCACUGACACUUUGGUUUUAAGAUCGCAGAAUAACGAAAAAUUAUUUCACGUUCUGGAAAUUGCUUACAACAAACCUAUAACAGAAAGUCAACCUUACACGCAUCUUCAAAGUAUCACAAGAAUAGCCUUAAACCAUAUUGGCGGGCCCACUGAUCGACAAGUAGCAUUAAUUGAUAGCAAUAAGGACUUGUUCCUGGUUUCAAUUAGAACGACUGGUUUUGGUAGAGUGUGCAAAAUAGCUGCUAUGGCGCAAGACAUCGCGUGGGCGACCGAUGCGAAUGUCUUAGCAGCAAUGUUAGAUGCAACACUAUCGGUGUGGCUGUGCCCUAAUUGCGUGCAUUAUAGUGAUCGUAAAAUAAUAAAAAAAACAAGAAUCGAUAAGGAAAGCAGUGAAUUUGGUAGACAACCAAGUAUAGCAAAUGUAUAUAAUGGUAUGGUAAUGAUACGACGUGGUGAUGGGGCAUUAGUAGCUUCUACUUUUUAUACAUUUUUCAUUAGUCUUCAUCAGCACAUACUAAACAAAAGAUGGAAAGAAGCGUUGUCUCUUUGUCGAAUUGCGCAGAAUGAAAUAUUGUGGACUUGUAUGGCUGUUAUGGCAACUGAUAAUAAAGAAUUGAAUGCCGCGGAAGAAGCAUAUGCAGCAAUAUCGAGAUAUGACAAAGUUGACUAUAUUCAAUAUAUAAAGAGUCUACCAAAUAAAUCCGAGAGAUUGGCAGAAAUGGCACUUCUGUCAGGUGAUUUAUUAACCGCAGAGGGCAUCCUUUUGCAAAAUGGAUUAAUCGAAGAAGCCAUACGAAUCAAUAUUGAAGUAUACAACUGGAAUAGAGCGUUAGAAUUGUCAAUCAGACACAAAAAGCAACAGGAGGAGGUACUGAACGCAAGAAAGAAGUACCUUCAAGUGAUCAAUAAGGACGAAACAAAUCAAAGCUUUCUCGCGUACCUGGCAAACGUUGCCAAAUCACAAGAAACCAGCGAAAAACCUUCAAUUCGUCAAGAUGAUGUUGAUCUACCAGAAAUAGAAAUACACAACCGUGAAUCGUCGGAUCCAGAAAUAAAUACGUGAAAGAACAACACCGGCUGCGUUUAUACAAAUUAUUUAUUAAAAU